AUGGCUCAAUAUCCUAAGGCCUCUAAAACUUUUGAAGUUGAAGCUAGAGCAAGUGAUAUCUCUAAUAUUGACUUUGAUACUUUAUUAGAAAAAGAAUCACAAAGUGAAACAGGAUUAACAAGUGUUUUGAAAUCUGCAACUAUUAGAAGUUCAUCAAGUAUAAUGAGUCUUAAUGAUGUGAUGAAAAUAUUAAUACAGCUCAAACAGAAGAUUAUAAUAAUCUUUAUGAUCUUGUAA